CGCAACUUUUCAGAGUACUCUAAUGCUUGUUUGUUUUGGUGGCCGGAUUCAAACCCCAACCCGAACCAACUCGUUAUAUUCAAUCCUCAAAUCUCUCCCCUCCGAAACCCCAAACGCUUCAAAAACCCUAAUGGCAGCGCCAGGAACCCAAUUGAAAUCCAAGCGACCCACUUGUCCAUCUUGCUCCAAACCCGCAAGUCUCUGUAUCUGCAUUCGAAUCCAGAACCCGGGUCUUCAAAACAAGGUAAACAUCACCAUUCUCCAACACAGUCUAGAGAGAAAACACGCUCUUAAUUCUGCAAGAAUCGCAAGAGUAGGGCUUCAAAAUGUCACUUUGAGCACUGUUUCUGAUGUUAAAUUUGAUGCCAAGUUCAUGAUCCAUUUGUUUGACCCGGGUCAUGAUUCGGGUUCGGGUCAAGAUGGAGAAAAAAGUUCAGAUUUUUAUCAAGUUAUGGAUGAUAAAGCUGAUGAAUUCGAUGCCAGUCAUGUAACUAAAGGUAGUAAAGAGCCAGUGAUUACCUGUAGUGUAGGUAAAUAUGGAAUUGUUACUAAUAUUAGUAUUGGUAAUGUAUGGAUGCCUCAUGUUCAGUGGAAAAGAAGGCUAAGUUUUGAUAAGAUUUUGGCCUCAAAGGUGGCUGUUGAUGAUUUGGCAAAAGGGUUUGUUGUUAAAAAGUUGCAAAGGAGAAGGGUUGAUGGGAGUGAAGAAUUGGAAGAGGUAGAAGAGUUUGAAGUUGCGGUGCCUCCAGGGUCAGUGCUUUUAUUUCCUAGCAAGAACGCAUUGGAUGUUGAUGGUCUUAAAGCAAUGGAUUUUGAAGCGAAGAAUUUGAUUGUUUUAGAUGGGACAUGGUCAAAGGCAAGGAGAAUGUAUUGUGAGAAUCCGUGGUUGAGGUUCUUGCCGCAUUUGAAGUUGGACUUGGAUAGGUUGAGUUUGUAUAGUGAGGUUAGGCAACAACCAAAAGCUGGCUAUUUGUCUACUAUUGAGAGCAUUGUUUAUGCGUUGGAGGAAAUAGGGGAUUAUCCUGAAGGCUUGGAUAAUCUAUUGGGUGUUUUUGAGUCGAUGGUUGGUGAUCAAAGAAGAUUUAGAAAUGAGAGGCUGAGCAAGCUCUCUUCUGCAUAAUCAUUCUGCUUGCUAUUGUAAUUUUUAUCUUAUUUAUGCAAUACCAUUUUAAUAUGGAGGUGACUUCAUUGACUUGCGAACCUCAAAACACAGUGCUUGCAUCCAGUUGGGACUUGAGAUGUUCAUCUUAUCUAUUAUCUAUCUUGAAUUAUGUUGUUGACUCAUGCAUUCAUGUCUUCCUGAUUUGCUGUUGUGGACUGUAGAAAGUUGAUGUGGCUUAGUGAAAUUUAAUAGUUUGUGUAUGGACCUUUGAUUGUCCUGAUAUUACUCUGAGAAAAGAUAUACACGAUACGACUAAGCUCAGCUUUUAAGAAUUCUGUAGCUGAAAUUAAUUGUCCCUAGUCAUUACGGAUGCAGAGAACAUUAGCAUUGGAGUGAAAAAUGCCAAAAAUAAUGGCAGUUUGCUGUAACUGAUGCUUUUACUUUACUGUCUUGACAAGAAAAUGCAAAGGGCAGAUUUGCACUCGAUCAAGGCUGAUGGCAAGAUAAACUGCUGCAUUUAAUCAUCUUUGAGAUGGUGCCAGAAUAGCAAGAUGUGUAAGCGAAGGAAUAUGUUUGCCUGCACUGCAGAAUUGAGUUGUAUCUGUAGAACAUUGUAAUUUCGGUUGCAGAUAUUGUUUCAAGUAAUUUUAUUGUGUGCUCUUAGUUGCAAGGUACUUGAACUUCAUUCUACAAUUCUCUUCGUUAAUGAAUUCUCAUUCUCCUUUAUCAA